AUGACUACCAGCGAUCCUGGAACAAUAUACUAUGAAGAUGUUCCACCAGGAACUCUUAAUGAAGAGGAGUUUAUAUGCACAGAAAGAAUUGUCCCCAGAAAAAUUAAACCGCAGAACAUUGUAAUAAGGCUGAUGGAUAGAGAAAUAUAUGGUUCUAGGAAACCUGGAUCCCAUUUUCAUGUUGUCAGAGAGUUCUAUCAAAAUGUAUUCCCCAAUUUGACUAUAGUAAAUGUGGAGAAACCACCUUGCUUUUUGCGUAAAUUUAGUCCUGAUGGGAAACAUUUUAUAGCAUUUUCUGCUGAUCAAACAUCUCUUGAGAUAUUUGAAUACAGAGGAGCAUCAGCAGCCGGACAUUUAGUAGCAGGGUAUCCAUCUGAUUUGCUGAAUGCUGAUGCUAAUGCCCAUCACAGAAUACGGACACACAUAUUUUAUAAUUUUUUUAAGCCAAAAUUUAUUGUAAAUGUUUGUCAACAAAGAGUGACAGCGAGAUCAGAACGUAAUCCGGGACAACUUCCUUUUAUUGAACAACAACUAAAUCGUGAGUGUAGUCUCUUUACUGAGGAUGGACGGUAUGUGAUAGUGGGCUCUGCAGCUCAUAUACCUGAUGAUCUCCGCCCACAUUUCUAUCACAUACACAGCAAUAAUGAGGCUGUAACUCCAACGAUAAGAUCAGCAUUAGAAGACUAUUCUCUUCAUUUGGUUGAUCUUCACCAAGGAAAACUCUGUGAUACUAAGCAUUUUAGAAUUGACAAAAUCUACCUCUCACAUAAUCAAGUCAUCAUUCUUUGUCAUCUACAAUAUAAGCCAAAAAAUGCAAGGCUGUGCGCGGACUCACAGUUUACCUGCUCGCCGUCGAAUAAUCUAUACGCCAGGUUAACGCAGCAGAGAUUCAAACAGACAAUCGUGCGAGCUAUUUACGGAGGGCGGACGGAGGCGACGAAACGCAUUUUGGCCCAGCUACCUAUAAGCGCUCAGUCGUACAGCGGAUCGCCUUAUUUAGACUUAGGAUUAUUCAGUUACGACGACAAAUGGGUUUCGGUUAUGGAGAGACCGAAGGCGUAUGGUGAAUAUCCUAUUAGAUUUUACGCAAGGGACUCUGGACUGUUGAAAUUCAAAAUCUACGCAGGCGUCAUGGGCCAGUCGGUGCCGGCGAGCGCCCGUAGGCUAGUUGCCUUCACGUUCCACCCCACCGAUCCUUUCGCUAUCAGCGUUCAGAGGACAAACUCCGACUACAUUGUCAACUUCCACAUACGAAACGCCGUGUUCAGU